ACCCGAGGCGCCCGGCAAGACAGACGCGGUGGCGGCGGCAACGAUCAAGUAUGCACGCUAUGUUAAGCUGGAGCUCUAAGAACUGCAUGGCUCUGGAUCCAUUUGCGAGUCGCCUGGCGAUCGGAGACGAAGAAUGGCGUGAAAAAAUUCUUGUUCUGGAGGAACUCCAGACUUUCGCUAAAGCGAAUGCCGUGAGCCUCACGUCCGAGCACCUGAAUGCACUCGUUGUCCCAUUUCGAACGAUGUUUUGCGAAUUGAGGUCCACCGUCGUGAAGAAGGCGACCGAAGUCUUCAGUGAACUUGCACAGCUCCUGCGUCAAAAGGCAAAGAACCUCGUGGAUAAGGUCUUUCAGGCAUUGAUGGAAGCCCGAGGCGGGUCCAACAAGGCAUGCCCCGCCGACAUUGACGUGGAUUAACAUGUUAGCGCAGGUCAAUACGCAAGCCAUUCAUACCUGCAUCGAGACCGUUCUUCAAGUCGUAGUGAGCAAAAGCGCGCUGACGUCGAUGUUUUACGCAUUCAAACACACCAAGAACGGCCAAAUUCGAGAUUCGUGCAUGCAGUACUUGUGGAUUGUCCUGACCAACUGGACCCCAGCUGUGCUAGAAACACUCAAGCCUCGCAUUCAAGAGUGCAUUUUGAUUGCCUUGAGCGAUGCGUCCCCACUCUGCCGUGAAGUCGGACGAUCAUGUUACGGCCUCUUCAUUCGCCUCUGGCCGGAAAAGAAGGCCGAGUUGCAAGCAAAACUUUCGCCCACCGCCACAAAGUACCUCGCAGCGUUGAAUUUUGCCGACAACGCCCUGGAAACGGAAUCCCAAGUUCCAAGGCGCAAAGCUCUCCACGACAUCUCCAACACCAUGGACAAUGUAGUCGUCGUGAAGAAGCGGAAGGAUUGCACUGGACGACCGAUGGAUAUUCCCAACGACUGCGCGAGUGAUAACACGAGUGCGUUGAAAACCGAAGUAGCUGCUCUAGAAAAGGCUUGGCACGACUCGAAGCAAGUGAUCGCCCACCUAAAUUCCGAAAACGAAUCCUUGAAAGCAGACCGCGAGUCAUCGCAGCUUCAAGUGCGGUCGCUUCAAACUCAAGUAAACAUGUUGGAGACCCUCGUCAAAGACUCCGACAGUAGUCACGAACGCCAGGCCAUUGAAUCUACAGCCACGAUCCAGACAUUGGAUGAAGAGAACCGCCGGCUACAGCACCUCUUGACGUCAGCUACGAAGCAAGUGUCGCAAUUGUCCAACCAACUACGAGCCGCACUUGCGUCACCAAAUUCCAUCGAAUCAACGGCCCGACGUCGAAGGCUGCGAGCGUAUUCGGUUGAUGCAGCAAGUUUCCAACGACCAGGAACUGCGGGAUCCAAAUCCCCGACAGACGCAACUGUAAUGCCUUGCCAGACCAGCGCCCCCGUCAAGAAAUCGUCGUCCGAUGAUCUCCAAAAGUUGGACAAUGAAACCACAAUGAUAUACCAAGAUAUGGCUGCCAUGUCUGCAGCAGUGGAAAACGUCCGCAUGGAGAAGGCACAACUACAAGAACAAGUGGACUCCCUUCUCAAACAAAUUGAAUCUCUUGAACGGGCCUUGCAAGAUGUUGAAAACGACAACGCGAUCGAGCAAACAAAACAUCUCAACAUGGAAGCAGAGUUCGUCGACACGAUCCACGACCUUGAACACCAGCUGAAAACCGCAACUUGUCAAAACAAGUCGUUGACGGAGUUGCUCGACGCAUCUACGUCCAAGGAAGCGCUUAUGAACGAUCGCGUCAACGCCACGGUGGAGGAGCUGCAAAACCAGGUCGCAAAGCUGACAAAACAAAAGUUGGAUCUUGAGACGGACCGGCAAAACGUGCUGGAGGAAAUCCACCGUAUUCAAGCUGACUUCAGUGCCAAGCUCACACGAAAGGAAGUGUCGUUGGAUCGCUUGAAGAGUGAAAACCACAUGCUCCAGAUCAAGGCAGAAUCGUUGCAAAAGAGGAAUGAAGAGCUCCAAAGUAUCGUAAAGAUCACGGAAGAUGCGUACUACCAGAUCAAGGAAGAUGUGUCGUCGCAGUCUCUCGAGGAAGUGGAGACAAUGGCAGGCGUCAAGGCCGAGAACGAAAGCCUGCAGCUCCGUAUUCAAAACCUCUUGAAGCAACUUGACGAUGCAGAAGCAAGCCAUGAACAUCUCCGAGCGCUUGCUACGGAAGCCCGCAAUGCGUUCAACGAAGCCGAGACUGAGAUCGAGCACUUGAAGACCAAGCUGCAAUCCGAAGUAUGUCCGAGCAACACCGUCAUGCAUCGCGCAGACGUAGCCGAAGACGCAUUGUCCAAAUCGCGUCAGGACCUGUCGUCCCAAUUGCUGUCCAAGGACGAGGAUUUGAUGAAGCUGGCGCAUGAGAACCAGUCGUUGCAACAAAAGGUCGACGAGUUGUUGCAAGAAAUCGAUGAGCUGAAGAGCUGCAUUAAGUUCACGGAGGAUGCGUACUACCAAAUCCAAGAGGAUGUGUCCUCCCAAGCGCUCGAUGCUGUUGCCAGUGUAACGCCGGUGAAGGCCGAGAACGAGUCGCUGCAGUCUCGUGUAAACGACCUACUCGAAGAGCUCGACGAACGCGACCGAGACAACGAGCACCUGCGACGUCAAAUCCAAACUCUGAAAACGUCGUCCGUCCACGAAAUCUCCCAAGUGAAAGGCCAACUUCUGGCACUGGAACAGGAGCUGCAUGAUGUUGAAACGCAGCUGCACGAUGCGAUGGAGGAAAACCACCAACUGCGUAGCGACAUGUGUAAUCAAUCCAUAUUGGACGCAGAAGCAGCGAAGAAAAGUCAUGAUGACCAGCAUGUGCUACAGACCCAAGUGCAGUCGCUGCAAAAACAAAUCACUGAGCUUGAAGCACUCGUGGCAGCUUCUCGCGAGUCGAACCAGAAGCUCCAAACUGACGUGGGCGAACUGUCCCGACUCAAGUUGGAAAACGACAAACUUUGCAUUGAAGUCGACGCGCUUGUGGAUCAAAUCAACGUAUUCAAGUCUACUCAACACGCUGCUGCGCAUAGCUCGACGAUGCAGUUGAAGGAGGAACUCAUGAUUUUGUCAGCAAAGGCAGCAGAGGCGCAAUCGGAUCUCAAGCGCGUGUUGUCCCAAGAACAGGCUUACCAAACAACAAUUCGUGACCUGGAGUUGCGAGUGCAGUCAUUGCAGAGCGAGCAUGCUCAACUGCAAGCUGAACUGGCCACGCAAAUGUCAAAGCAGGUCGACGAGCGAGCAAAGCUCAAGUUUGAGAACCAGUGCCUCCAGGCGCGGGUAGACUCUCUCCAGCGCCAGCUCGAAGACGCUGACAGCAAUCGUGGAUUGUGCGAUAUGGAUAUCUCCAUGCAAGACGAGUUUGCGAUUGACCUAACCCAGCGAGAGAUGGAGUCACCAUCGAAUCCACUCAAGCCCAGAGGUGCGGAAGCUAGGAUUUCGCCUGACGUCGAGGAAACCAAGACUGCCUUUCAGUUCACCAAGACAGCAGCAUCAUUCGGCAUAGGAGCAUCGAGGUGGAACCAGGACGUGUCUGCAUUUCGCGACAAGGGCAAUUUGAAAGCUCAGCGACAGCUUAAUGAUAUGAAUAUUCUCAAGCGGUGGAAACCCAACUCGUAAAGAAAUCAUCGUUUCUUUCGUCACUGCAUUUUCGAUUCAGCAAAUCGUGC